AUGAGUCGCGAAGACGCCUUGCUCGUCGACGACGCGUUCGGCCAGCUGCAGGAGCCACGCCGGCACGCAGAGCGCCUCCUUGGCCUCCUCGAUGCGCAGCGCGGCCAGGCACCCAACGUUGUGGUCGACUUGCACGAGCACGGAGUGCAGAUGGCGACGAGGAUGCUUCGCAUCGGGGCGAGCGAGGAGCUUGUCGUGGCCGCACUCCUCCACGACAUAGGCGAGCUAAUGGUGCCGAACGCUCACGGCGAGGUGGUGGCCAGCAUCCUGCGGCCGUACGUGACACCGCGCACGACGUGGCUGCUGGCGCACCACGAGGUAUUCCAAUUCUACCACUAUGGCCAUGCGUGGGGCGCCGACCCCGUAGAGAAGGAUUUGCCCCGCCAAAUGUUCGCCAGCCAUCCGCACUUCAACGCCACCGUCAACUUUUGCGAGGUGGACCAGGCGGCCUUCGACCCAGACUACCCGUCGCUGCCGUCCGAAUUCUUCGUGCCGAUGGUAGAACGGGUGCUGCGCCGCACGCCCUACUGGUGGGCGCGCGUCACUGCCCACGCUGACGAGGUCGACGACACCGUUCGCGCCAAGAUGGCCUUGCAAGCUGCGUAUCCGGGCAGUGCCCUCCUGCCGCUGCACCAGCCGCGACCGACAGCAGAGCCGUGGAGCGCGGCGAAGGGGUUUGUGCCCCGUCGGUUCGCUCUCUCGGCGAUCGGCGGCGCGGGAGGCGAACCUGCCCAGCUGCGCGCGCUCUUCGAGGCCUACUUCGAGCACGGCAUCGUGAUCGUCGAGGGGCUAGCGUCGCACGACGAGGCCGCCUGGGCGCAGGACGUGCGUGGUGUGGUGCGUGCGUUGCUGCCGAGGGGGGCAGCCGACAUAAGCGACGAGCCGUUCUGGAAUUCAGGGACGGCGCUGCGGGCGACGUACAAUGACUACGUCACCAACGACGUCCACCGCCGCGCCGCCGCCGAGAGCGACUCCAACGUGUCGCAUGCGGGCUGGGCGGGCAACGUGCCAAUGCUGCUGCACCAUGACGGCUGCUUUCUGGCUGAGGCGGUGCGCACGAAGGUGUAUGCGGCGUGGGGGCCGUCGACGAUGUCGAACUUCAUGGAUGGCGCCGCCGAGCUCGCCGCACUCGACGACGACGCCAGACAGCGUUGCGCGAGCAUUGGAGAGGCCAGCCUGCUUCUCAGCGUGUCGCGAGUGGGAGCCGGACCCACCUGUACGCUGUACGCUGUGUACGCUGUACUUGUAGAGGCACCAUAA